GGGACAACCUUGCAGCACUACCUUACAUCGACCUGUGAAGAAUUCCGUUGUAGCUUCAGGGUGAGGACUGUGCAUACUGUUCGCUGCCUCUGUAUCGGCAUACUAACCUCUAGGUCCUUCGCCACAUCGUAACCUUACUGCCGUCUUCAGGCAGAGGCAACGCGGACAUUGCAAUAUUCAAGGCGGCCCCUUAACGCUGUUUUCCUGUUACCUUACGACCAGGCUUUGCUCUCCUGACAGCAGGUAGAUGAAUCAAUAGCGGUUAUCGGAACAAGAUGGAGAACUACCAGAAAAUCGAAAAGGUCGGCGAAGGCACAUAUGGCGUUGUAUACAAGGCUCGAGACCUCUCCAAUGGCGGCCGAAUCGUUGCUCUCAAGAAGAUCCGUCUAGAAGCCGAAGACGAAGGCGUCCCCAGCACUGCAAUCCGCGAGAUCUCCCUGUUGAAAGAAAUGAACGAUCCGAACAUCGUGCGUUUACUGAAUAUCGUUCACGCCGACGGCCACAAGUUAUACCUCGUCUGCGAGUUCCUUGACCUUGACCUGAAAAAAUACAUGGAGGCAUUACCAGUAUCCGAGGGUGGACGAGGCAAGGCCUUGCCCGAAGGCUCGAACUUGGACAUGCAGAGACUCGGGCUGGGCAAGGAUAUGGUCAAGAAGUUCAUGGCACAGCUGGUUGAAGGUGUUCGAUACUGUCACAGCCACCGUGUCUUGCACCGAGACCUGAAACCCCAGAAUCUUCUGAUUGAUCGCGAGGGCAAUCUCAAGCUGGCUGAUUUUGGUCUUGCACGAGCUUUUGGUGUCCCCCUGAGAACGUAUACUCACGAAGUUGUCACACUCUGGUACCGUGCCCCAGAGAUUCUCCUCGGUGGACGACAAUACUCGACGGGUGUAGACAUGUGGUCCGUCGGCGCUAUCUUCGCUGAAAUGUGCACCCGCAAGCCUCUAUUCCCUGGCGACUCUGAAAUUGAUGAAAUCUUCAAAAUCUUCAAACUGCUCGGCACCCCGGAUGAAACGACUUGGCCUGGCGUCACAUCAUUUCCAGACUUCAAAACCUCCUUUCCCAAGUGGCGCCGAGAACCAACCUCCAAAUUCGUCCCCAACUUGGAACCGGCCGGUCUUGAAUUGCUGGAUGCGAUGCUCGAGUACGACCCUGCGCAUCGCAUCUCGGCCAAGGCAGCGUGCAAUCAUCCGUACUUCGCGGCUGGAUCGGCUGCCUAUUCCCAGCGUGGACCCGGCGUGGUCAGAACGAACGGAUUUCAUUGAUAUCAAGACUUGAACGUGGACGAUGCAUCUGUGGAAUGUGGAAUGAGUUCAAGGGGGAGGGGGGCGUCCACGUCAGUUAAACUGGUCAAAAGUGCCUGCCAGCAAACGGACUAUGAUAUUUGUUACCGAGCUGUGCAUUGAAACGAGCGGCACAGGAUCGGAGUGAGAUCGGCGCGGGCUGGGUGGACGGGCAUGCUGGGCUGCACUGGGCAAAAGGGCCGGGUUGUAAUGAGUUAUGUAUGUUUUGGGCUAGAAACGACGAGCGCAAGGGGUUUGAGUGAGGCCUUCUUCGGGGACCCCCUUCUACGCGCUGACCACAGGAGUUCCAUGGCAACAGAGCUGCUUUGAACGAGUGCAUGUCCGGCGAAAUCUCCAUACUCUUUCGAUGUGCGUGUAGCUGCCCGGUCCGACAUCGAGUGCUAUUGUUGACGGGGUGGUCCGAGACAUCCACAUGAACGC